AUGGCGGUAUCAUCAUUCGGGGUCAUCCUCUUGUGUGUAGUCAGCAUCAUCCUUCUUGCAACACCUGCCCAUGCUUUUGGGGCAGGCAAUAUCGGUUCUACAUCCAAGAUUGAAGGUCAGAAUUGGCGCCAUGGUGACCUGGAGGACACACUUCUCACUAUUGUGGCUGCUCGUGCGAUGGGCGGCAAGAACUUUGGUAAAUUAGACGUCAAAAGAGUAUAUUUCGGUAACUGGCUGAGAGACUACAGUCAGGCCGUUGAUGUUGGAACCGUCAAACAUGUCAGCGCCGAAGCAAUUCGUAUUCUGCUGUGGAUCCUGGGGUUCAUGUCGUUUGGUUAUGGCUCCGGGGAGUUCGAAGUAACGACACAGCGGCUCGGAUGCUAUCGACCUGAAGAACAUAUCGACAAUCCCAAAGACUAUGCAGACAACGAAGAUGCCAGAAAAUACGACAAACGUCUCCGUGGUCCUGUCGAUGAGCGUCGCGAACUAUCUAUCGACCCUCAGACUGGACUCAAGAACUACAUUGCCACGGAGGGGUUAGGUAUCGAUACCUCGGCUGGUCUCGUGAGGAGGCUUUUCGGUCGAUCGAUUGAACUUGGACGUCAAUACGCACACAGCAAAGACAAGGGAGAUCUCUAUGAAGCUCUUCGGUUGCUUGGAACUGCGAGCCAUUGUUUGGAGGAUUACGCUGCCCAUUCCAACUAUGUGGAGCUUGCAUUAAUCGAACUCGGCGAACGAGAAAUCUUCCCGCACGUUGGACGCCGUACGCAAAUCCAACUCCGUGAAGCACGACAUCCUGUUUAUCCAAUUGUGACCGGUACGUUUGGAGGAGUUGACUUUCUCCAUUCCGUCUGCGGCGAGUUUGACGACAAGACCACGCAAAGUGAGAUCGAAGAACUUGAGGGAACCAUGCAACAAUUUCAAAACACGAACGGAAAUUACAGCAUUGUAGAAGAUUUGUUGAACAAGAUACCCUCUGGUGUCUUGGGUGGAAAUGAUCAGGCCGGCAAGGCAGACGAGUUGAAACAGAACUCUAUGAAUCAUCAAAUGCAGAAUUCUCGCAUAUCUCCUCGACAGCCUGAGGAAUGGACGCGCUAUCUCAACGAUGUCCAGAAGCAAAUCUAUCCGAUUAUCCAAUGGCAUGACGAGAUCCUGCAGUCCAUCACCGAGACAAUCGAGCAAAUCCCCAUUCUUCCGGACCUGAUCGAGCAGAUACAAGAUGCCAUCAACGAAUUCGUCUUCAGCCUCCUUGCACCAUAUGUGCUUCCUAUCAUCAAUCAGGUCAAGAAGGAACUGAAUACUGGAUCGAGCCAGAUCAUCAAGUCCAGCCUGGAUAAGCAACACGUCGUGUUCAAGGACGAUAAUUCCUCAGAUCCGACCCACUCAAUGUUGUCGAAAGAUCACUUCUCCAAUGUUCUCAACGAGCCUGCUGGCAAAGUUGCUCGACAAGUGAUAGAAUGGGUGGUUCCUCAAAUAAUUGCUUGCUGGGACGACGAACGCAUCGAUAUUGGGCGCACACUCAACCGCAUCAUACAAGGCGUCCUUCAUCACCCAGCACUACGUGAUCAUGGGCAGGACGGAGCUGGGGAUGGUCGCCAAUUGAUGUUCAGGGUGGUAGAAAAUUGGUGGCGGAGCAAGAGCGAGCAGGAAAGAGACAGCCUGCGUGAGCAACUCAGCCGCCGUGGAGUCGAGAAUGGGAAGAACCACAAACCGGGAGUCAAGGACCAUGGUCAUGGCAGUCACCGCCCACUGGGUAUGGCUAAUGUGAACCCCAACAAGCCGUCGUCUGUGGCCAGCAUAGCGUUCAACGGCGGCCAAAAUCCUCGGCCUUCCGACCUUCCCAUAGACCAAUUGAGCACAAUGGCUGGUGCAGCAGUUGGUGGUGGAGUUCUUGGAUCUCUUGUCAGUGGCGUUGCCAGUGACCUUGGAAGCAGCUUACUUGGUGGAGGGCUCGAUCAAAACCAGAGCACGUACCAGCACGAGUCCUACAGUCAAAAUGGCGCCUUCACCCAGACCAUAACGCAACUCGGGCAGUCACCGUCGGGUGACCGCUUCGGGCAAGCUCAGUUCUCACGAACCACAGGUCCUUUCGGGCAACAACCGCACGAAGAGUAUGAUCGGUUCGAGCAGAGCGAGCAUGGAGGUCACUUGCAGAGUCAAGUCCACCACGAAGAACGCACAACUACCACGUACCAUGAGGAGACUCGGUAAGUCUUCAUGACUGACUCAAGUGAGCAAACGCCCUGA